AUGACCCGAAGCCUGGAUAUCGCUUACCAGUAUUCGCUGGCAAAACGCCAGGCAUCGCCGGAAAGUGGCGCCCGAAAAUAUAUGGCACAGUGGCAAUUACAAAAACUCGGCUCGGCUCAGUUGGUGAUCUAUGGUGCUUUGGCCCUCCGACGCUUUGCCCUACCAUCUCUGCCAACACUAUUUCGCGACGCCGCUCGCUGGAAUCUUGCCAGAGGCGCUAGGUAG